AUGAGAAUACCAAAAGAUAUACUACUAUUUAAAAAUAUUUUUUCUGUUUUAACUAGUGAAGCAGAAAAUAGUUAUUGCCCCAUCGAUCUCCCAAACACUUGCAGAAAUGCUACUGAAAUAACGGACAGUUGUUGUUUUGAAUACCCUGGCGGAGUGUUUCUUCAAUCCCAGUUUUGGAAUUAUAAGACUAGUAAAAUUGGAAUGAAUGAAAGUGAAAUUGUGAAAGAGUUAGGUCCCAUGGAUUCAUUUACUAUACAUGGUUUGUGGCCAGAUAAUUGUGACGGCUCAUAUGAACAAUUUUGUAGAAGGGAUCUUUUCAUUGAUGAUGUCUAUUAUAUCAUGCAUAACGGUAAUUUCCCGAAUACAAAGGAUCUUUAUGAUGAUUUAGAUCUCCUAUGGAAGAGUAAUAUUGUUGGAGGAGAUGAAUCAUUAUGGAUUCAUGAAUUCAAUAAACAUGGUAGUUGCAUUAAGAAUUUAUAUUCUCAAUGUUAUGAAAGAUGGAAUGAGAACGAUGAAAAAGAAGAAAAAUUAUGGAAGGAAAGAGGUGUCAUUGAUUAUUUCAAUGUUACUGUCAAUCUUUUCAAAAAAUUAGAUACUUAUAGUGCUUUGAAACAACAUAAUAUAGUUCCGAGUGAGGAUAAGACAUAUACUAAAAGUGAAAUAGAAAAUGCAUUACAGGAAAGUUUUGGUGGAAAAAAAGUAUUUAUUAAUUGUGAUAGAAAUAAUGUAAUUAAUGAGAUAUGGUACUACCAUCUAUUAAAAGGAUCCAUGUUGAAUGAAGAUUUCCAACCAUUAUCAGUAAAUGAAUUGGGUAAAAAAAUGCCAUCUUCACGUUGUCGUGAAGAAGGUAUUAAGUAUUAUCCAAAGGGUUAUUUUCCAAAGGGUCAAAUUCCAGAUGGCGAUAAAAGAGGCCAAAGAGGUGUCUUAAGAAUAAUCAAUAAAAACACAGGUAACUCAAUUGGUAUCGUUAUUAAAGAUGGCCAUUGGAUGUCGAAGGGAUCUCCCGCCAACUAUCAAUUAAUCAAGUCACCUUUUGGUAAUUAUAAUUUAAGGAGUAGACUUGGAUAUUGUCAAAUUACUACAAAUAAUGAAUUGGCAUGUCAUUAUAAGAAUAUUCAACAAGCUUCUCAAUUUGAAUAUGAUUCUGAAACGGGAUUUAUUGGAUAUUCGAAUUCAUAUCUAUGGGGUAGUUCUGAUAUCCCGAAAAAUACUAAGAAAGGGACAAUAUCCAUAAUCAAAAAUGACGAAGAUGACUUUAAAUAUGUACUACGCUUGAAAUUCAUUUCAAUAUGA